AUGAGGUUUUCAUUUAUAUUAAGAAAUUUUAAGAAUAUUACAGAAGAGAGACUACCAAAACAGAAACCUUAUUGGUUAACAAAAUCAAAUUUAGAAAUUCCCCAUAAAUCUCGCGCCCUUGUGGAUAUUAUUCAAUCAUACAAAGCUCGUGCUAAUGAACCGGGAUUUUUAAAAAGAACGAUUUUAACGCGUAAUUAUCAACAACGAAACAAGUUUGCGGAGAAAGACUUUUUUGAACAAGGGCCGGACGUUUAUGCAGCAUCUCGCACCAUAGAGUAUGGCGGAAGAUUUCGGAUGAAUGGUCGUCUGAAAUGGGUUACUAAAUUUGAAAAACCAAAGGGUACAUUAUCACUUAAUUUAAACUUUCAAUUAGAAGCUGUGGAUCUCUCGCAAUCAAUGAUAAAUGUCGACGGAUUAGAUCAUUAUGUUGGUUGUGCAAAUAUUAAAGCUAUGUAUUUGGCUAAAUGUCAUCAUGUAGAUGAUUGGUUUCUAUCUAGACUUGCUGAUGACUUCCAAGAUCAAUUAUUAUUUCUUGAUAUAAGUGAAUGUCCAUCGGUUGGUAUUACUGGAAUACUUGCUCUCUGUCGUCUUAAGUCAUUAAAAAGACUUCGUCUCUACAAUCUGCCUCCGUUCGCCGGUAAAGAAGUAGCAACCAUGAUCUUUGAAGAAAAUGUGCCGGACUGUUUAGUCGAAGGUGUUGACUAUGAAACUGCUGUAAUUACAGGACUUUUAACUGCAGGUGAUACACAAAAUCAAGAAGAAGUAAAAAUGAUUGACACAGUUAAUAAUGAUCAAGAGCAUGUCGAGGGUCGUGCACGAUAA